UAAACAACUUCCCCUCCAAUCCAUUAUAAAAAUAAAAUUUUCUUUUUUUUUGGGAGCAAUUUUUAGUAUACGACGGACGCCUUUCCUAUUUUUUUUACUAUUCGUCCUAUGAUGUCGUUGCAAUUUAAUGAUGGAAGAAAAUAGUGUGGGGAAAGAGGAGAGUUUUUUCUCUCCAUCCAAUUUUCUCCGAGCACAAAACCAUAACAUUUCUUUUUUCUUUCACAAUUCAUUCCACAACCAACAGCAGCACAGUAGGAAAAAAGGCCAUCUAUUUCAUCUCAACACACACACAUAA